AUGUCGCCCUGGAAGCUGUGCCUGUUGGUGGCGCUCGCCGCUGUGGUCUGCCCGCCCGCACACGCAGCUACCGCCGUGCCUGCGCCGCCCAAACCGGAUCCCAGCUCGUCGUCCGAAGAGUCGGUGCAGCCCGCGCAGGCAGCUGCCGCCGUGCCUGCGCCGCGCAAACCGUAUCCCAGCUCUUCGUCCGAAGAGUCGGUGCACCCGGCGUCGCCCAAGGCGCCGCCCUACCCGUCGCCUAGGCCGAUACCUGCGGCUGCAGCUGCGCCGCCCAACCCGGCACCCUCCUUUAGACACGCGCCGACACCGCAGCCCGCGCCCGCGGCGAUCGACCCCACCCCAUACCUGUCGUGCAGCAACUGCGGACGCUUCAACGCGGUCGUCACGGCGCUCCUGCGCGCCGUCUACGCCCUGCUCUUAGCGCUGCUCAACGACGUCAACACUGCGCUGUGCUACACUCUGCAUCUCGUCUACAUCCUGCUCUGCAUACUGCAGCAGCUGCUGAGGGCAGACCUUACCCAUAUCGUCAUUGGCAUUGGCAGUAUGCUGAAGACGUCACUUGAUAAACAGAGUGGAGUUGGCAACAAAAAGACUUUUCACGGGCGCAUCUGA